CUUCUCACUUCCCUCCCAGGCUCAGCGCCGAACAAGUGCCCCAGGUCUUGGUUGUGGAUACGUCCCUGCCUGGGAGAGGAGGGGCCCGAGGUGACUGGACACUCCGACGGAGCCUGCGCCGUGCUCCGCCUCGUCUCCGAGCUGCCCGGCGCCUUCGCCGCCGCCGCGCCCGUGUCGGCCUACUGGGACGACUCGGAGCUCUCGGAGCUGGUUCCUGCAGUGCCGUUGGACCUGCCCCUGUGGGUCUUCCACAGCCCCAACGACUGGAUCUGCGAGGUGGAGCCCGCCCGGCGCCUCGUGGCAGAACUGCGGCGCGCGCGCCGCGCAGACGCGGAGAGCGCGGCGAAGGUUCACUUCUGGUGCCGGGACGAAGUCCUGGCGUGCUCCGGCCACUGCACCGACAGGCCCGCGUACGCCGGCUCGGACGCGUUGUUCCGGUGGCUCCUUGGGCUCCGCCGCCCGGACCGAGGCACGGGCGCGAGGCGUGAGGCCGGCCGCGUCGGCAGCGCUUGACGCAGCCUGUGCAGAAGCCUCGUCUGGCAGCCGGGCCCUGUUCCUGUCUCUCCAGGCCUCCGCGAAGGGGUCCGAGCAGUGAUGGGGUCGACGGAUCGCGCCGCAUCGGCGAUGCAUCGCCGAUACAUCGCCGACGCAUCGUCGAUGCAUCGGCGAC